AUGUCAAAUCUCAUCAGGCUGCCUAAAUUGACAGUGAAACCUGCAUCUAAAAGGCAGGGGCCAGAGGAUCGGCCGUUCACCUACGGGCGGCGGCUCCGGGACGCCGCCGCCAGGUGGCUCCGGCCGACGGGGGUGGAGACAGCGGCAGAAGUCCUGGAGGCGGUGGUACUGGAGCAGUUCGUGGAGGGGCUCCCGGCCCGGACGGCGGCGUGGGUCCGGUACCACCGGCCACCGACGCUGGAGGCGGCCACCACCCUGGCCGAGGACCACCUGGCGGUGCACCGCAGCGGACGGGGCGGCCGGGAGGGAGCGCUGCCUGCGACGCAACCGGCAGCAGCGCCAGCCGGAGGGAGCCCGCAGCGGACCACGGAGCGGCCCACACCGGCCCCACGUCGGCCGCCGGCAGCUGUACACCGGGACCCCCCGACCGCAGCAAACCCCGGCACCCUUCCUGACCCAACGGGAGGUUCUCAAACGCCAGGGCAGGAGUGCUGGAAGUGCGGGCGGCUCGGCCACCUGCGGAGGGAGUGCCCGCUGAUGGAGGUGGGGCAGGUGAUCCGGGUCGCCGGCGCUCCAUCACCCUCCCCCGGCCCGGGAGCGACGUACCGCGUUCCGGUAAGAAUCCAGGGGGGUACACGCCAGGCGAUGGUGGAUUCGGGCUGCUCGCAGUCCAUGAUACAUCAGAGCCUGGUUCGGCCAGGGGCAUUGGUAGAAGCGUCGCGGGUGAAAAUUAGGUGUGUGCACGGGGACAUUCAUGAGUAUCCCAUAGUGUCCGUCGAACUUAGGUUCAAGGGGAGAAAAUAUAGAAUAAAGGUCGCGGUUAGCUCCCACCUGACGCACUCCGUAAUUUUGGGGACGGAUUGGGAGGGAUUUAACACGCUAAUGGGAGAGGCUGCGGGGGUGCGUUCACGACCGACAGGGACAUGCGGUAUUUGUGCUGUGCUCAGCGGUGACGCGAGGUCGUCCGACGCCGCCGGGGGAGGGGGGGAACCGGCGGAGCCUCCCGAGGAGACUCCGGCGGUUCCCGAGUUCCGCGCCAUGGAAGAUUUUCCACUCGAGCAGUCUCGUGACGAUACUCUACGCUCAGCCUACGACCAGGUGAUAAAAAUUGAUGGUCAUUUGGUGCGCCCUGACGUAGCACUGUCGUACCCGCACUUCUCAUUGAUUAGGGACAGGUUGUACAGAGUGAGUCGUGACACUCGAACGGGGCAGGAAAACACCCAGUUGCUGGUGCCGAAAAGCCGCCGGGAAAUGAUUUUCCAGGCGGCUCAUUAUAAUCCGAUGGCGGGUCACAUGGGAUACGGGAAAACACUAGACCGGAUAAUGGCCCGAUUUUAUUGGCCAGGCAUCCGGGCGGACGCGCGCCGCUGGUGUGCGUCCUGCCCGGAGUGUCAGCUAGUCAAUUCACCAGCCAUCCCGCGUGCCCCGCUGCGGCCUCUACCGCUGGUGGAGGUCCCGUUCGAGCGCAUCGGCAUGGAUCUAAUCGGGCCAUUCCACCGGAGCGCACGCGGAUACCGCUUUGUGUUAGUCCUCAUGGAUUAUGCAACCCGGUAUCCGGAGGCGGUGCCAUUGCGCAAUAUCUCUGCAAAGAGCGUCGCGCAAGCACUGUUUCAGGUCAUCUCCCGGGUUGGAAUCCCGAAAGAGAUUCUAACAGACCAGGGCACCUCGUUCAUGUCGCGCACACUGGGAGAACUUUACGGGUUACUGGGCAUUAAGUCCGUCCGCACCAGCGUUUAUCAUCCCCAGACUGACGGGUUGGUGGAGCGGAUGAAUAGGACGCUGAAGUCCAUGAUUCGUAAAUUUAUUAGCGACGAUGAACGUAAUUGGGAUAAAUGGCUUGACCCUCUGUUGUUUGCAGUCCGGGAGGUCCCCCAGGCCUCCACCGGGUUUUCCCCCUUUGAGCUUCUGUUUGGCAGAUCACCAAGAGGGGUGCUGGAUCUUAUUAAAGAAAGCUGGGAGGAAGGUCCGAGCCCCGGGAAAAACGAGAUCCAGUACGUCCUGGACCUACGAGCAAAGCUCCACACACUGGGUAGGAUGUCACGAGAGAAUUUGCUCCAGGCCCAGGAACGACAACAGCGGCUGUACAACAGAGGAGCCAAGCUGCGAGAAUUCACACCGGGAGAAAAGGUACUUGUAUUACUUCCUUCUUCCAACUCAAAACUCCUGGCUAAGUGGCAAGGGCCCUUCGAGGUCACACGCCGGGUGGGGGAUGUUGAUUAUGAGGUGGUGCGGUCUGACAGGGGCGGGGCUACACAAAUAUACCACCUCAACCUCCUGAAACCCUGGAGGGAGGCGGAGUCUGUUUCUCUGAUUUCCACAGUAUCGGAAAGAGAGGACCUGGGGCCGGAGGUGCCAAAAGCGGCCAAUCCCACCCCGCUCCCGUGUGAGGGUCAUCUCUCUGAGGACCAGAGAGCAGACAUUGCCCAGUUGCAGGAGCGGUUUGCUGAUGUGUUCUCCCCCCGGCCAGGCCGCACCGACCUGAUAGCGCACCGAAUCGAGACACCCCCGGGGGUGACGGUGAGGUCACGACCCUACAGACUACCCGAACACAAAAGAAAAGUGGUUCGGGAGGAAUUGGCGGCUAUGUUGGAGAUGGGGGUAAUAGAAGAGUCCAACAGCGCCUGGUGCAGCCCCAUCGUUCUGGUGGCCAAGAAGGAUGGGACUGUGCGGUUCUGCGUCUAG